AUGGAACCUGAAAUGCGCCACUACGGAGUAGCGGACCCAUACCAAAGAUCAAACGAAUUUUACAAAGACGAAUUCCUUUGUCUAUGGGAAGUUACAGAAUCAGAGGUUGUCGGAUAUUGGCAAUGGAAUGACUUGGUCAGUAAUAGCUGUUGGUAUGAGGAAAUUGUCUCGCCCGCAUUUGAAAAGCAUGAAAGAAGCUUCGUUAGGCGGAAAGAUGGGGAGGCUUUAAAUAUGUCCACUUUGCGGGAUGCACUGCCUGACGACACAUGGCCAUCAUUCGAAAGUGAUUCUCCUGGGCCAUACACGGAUUGGGACACAAACAGUGAAGAGCACGAAGUCUACUUCCUGGACGAAUAUGACUCAUAUGACUCGUACGAUGAGGUUGAAGAGGCUAAUGCAACGGAUGAUAUGUUCAAAGUACUUGAAGGAGACUGGUGA